GGCGACCAGCGCCCUCUGGAUAUCUUUCCAGUGUGCAGCAAGAUGUCCGAACAAUAUCAGCGUGGCCUCGCUGCAAGACUCGAUUUGACUGACGAACAGACUGGCAUCUCAGCCGUACUUGACCAUCUAAUCAAGACAACCCUCGAAGGCCGUUUCAACGACGUCAAUUACCUCUAUCAGGACCAACUACCUCUGGUGCUCAACAGGAUUGAACUCUGGUGUGACAAGAGGCAUUUUGCCCGUAAGGACGUUCUGGAGAGAACUGUCGAAGGGCCUGCGGCUGUGAGUGCUUCCCAAACAGGUUUUUGAAAUCAAUUGGCUGAUCAUGCACAGAGAUACACAGAUCACAUCGAAACCUUCCUCAACGAGGCACACAAACGCGUCCAGAAGCUCCUGGACAGUAUGAAGAGCAACGAGCAUGCUUGGACCAAGAGAGCCACGAAGCUUUGCGACACCUGGGAAUCCAAGUACACCACGCCGCAAUAUGCUUCACUGGCCAAAUCCUAUGGAGUGAAAAAGAAGAUAAAGCUCAUCACCGAAACCAAUUGUAACAAGGAUCUCGCACAGAUUCUCCAGCGCAGCAUAACUGCUGAUAUCGACCACCUAAUCGGAUUUGCCGACAAGCAUAAGGUUCAUAUGUUUGCGCUCCUCAAAGAACCUCUGGCCAGAAUGGAGGCCGACUUGCGCAACCACGAAGAGCUAGCUUUGUUGCUUCCUCAGUCUCUGCUACGCCAGUUCGGUCUGCACAAGAAGGCCCUGGCAGUGCCUUUGGACAAGUGCUUCGCAGUCCUGCGAGAGGAUCUCAGAAACAUCGGACGCGAUCUGACCACAACUACAGGAGAUUCGAUCAUCGUGCAUUGCAUGAGACCUGUGUAUGUUGAGGUGAUGAAUAUCAAGGGAAGAGGAUCUGGCACACUGCGACCAGAGAAGAUGCGGGAACGUGUUGAUCGUCUUUGGUCCGACGUCCGCGACCAAGCUAAGAAGCGAUACGCCAAGGCUUUCAAGAAAUGCUCGAGAGAUCUACUCGAUAUUGCAGAGAACAUACUCAAGGAUAUCCAGGACAGCUUCGACGGGUUCUGCCAGGAGAAGAAGUUCGAGGAGCCGGGCGAGAUAGAAUUGA